AGCACAACCAGAUGCGCUGACAGCUUCACACGCGCCUCGUGACGUUUCUUUCCCUGAAAAGUCAAACAGGUGUUUCAUCGGUCUGCUCUCAAGAUUAUCAUACCGCUAGUUUCCCCCAAAGCUCCGCCCGAAACCCUAUUAAUAUACCGUAUUACCCUCUUGCGCAAUCAGAGCGCAACGGUUAUAAAUCGGUCUGCGCGCCCCCGGCACAUGUGGAAACAGAACUAAGGGUAACAGAAUCUCUUGCCGAACAGGCGGUGUGAAUCUGUGAGGGGAAAAUUUUUCAGACAGGGAAGAGAGGUAACACCAACGCACUAAAAGCUGCUGCUGAAGGCACGCUGAGGUAACCGCAGCCAUGGACGGACGCUCCUCAUGGACUGAGUGUUGUGCAAUAAGACGGAUCCGCAAGCUGGUUCCGCUGGGUUUCAAGAAUGAAGUUAAAGAGCUAUCUAAGCUGGCCGCUCCAGUGAUGAUGGCACAGUUCAUGAGUUAUGCUGUGAGUUUUGUCAGCACCGUGUUCUGUGGCCAUCUUGGGAAAACAGAGCUGGCAGGAGUUUCUUUGGCCAUCGCUGUUAUCAAUGUCACAGGUGUAUCCAUUGGUUUUGGUUUGGCAUCAGCGUGUGACACGCUGAUAUCCCAGACAUAUGGGAGUGCUAACCUCCUGAGAGUUGGGGUCAUUCUGCAGCGUUCAAUCCUCAUUUUGUUACUGACUUGUUUCCCCUGCUGGGCGAUCCUCAUCAACACUGAGCCCAUUCUUUUGGCAGUCAAACAGGAGCCAGAGGUAGCCAGUUUGGCUCAGAUGUACGUUAAGAUCUUCAUGCCAGCACUUCCAGCUGCUUUCAUGUUUUCCUUAGAGUCAAAAUACCUUCAAAACCAGGGCAUAAUUUGGCCACAGGUGGUCACAGGGCUGAUCGUAAAUCUACUCAAUGCGCUCAUCAACUACAUCGUGCUUUUCCUAUUAAAAAUGGGGACUGCAGGCUCUGCUUUAGCAAACACUUUGUCUGAGUUCUCCUUGGCCGGAUUCCUUUAUGCAUACAUCAUGUGGAAAGGUCUGCACAAGACAACCUGGGGAGGCUGGUCCAUAGAGUGCCUCAAUGACUGGAAAUCUUAUAUCCACUUAGCUAUUCCUGGAAUGGUCAUGAUGUGUGUUGAGUGGUGGACAUAUGAGAUUGGAGGCUUUCUGGCAGGUCUAAUAAGUGAGGUUGAACUUGGAGCGCAGGCAGUUGUGUUUCAACUGGCAAAUAUUGCCUACAUGUUUCCAAUGGGUUUCAGCAUUGCAGGCAAUGUUAGAGUUGGGAAUGCUUUAGGAGCCGGAGAAACAGAGCAGGCCCAGCUGUCUGCGAAAGCAACUAUGUUUUGUGCAGGGUCAGUGUCUAUAUGCAUGGCAGUGCUCAUUGGGAGUCUGAAGGAUCACAUCUCCUACAUUUUUACAUAUGAUGAGCAAAUUAGGGAAAGAGUUGCAGAAAUAAUAUCUUUUUACGCUCCAUUCAUCCUCCUGGAUGCCAUAUCGGCGGCCUCUGGUGGUAUUAUAAGAGGAGCAGGUAAACAGAGAGUUGGGGCUAUUUGCUACUUCUUGGGAUAUUAUGGCAUCGGUUUUCCAAUAGGAAUCCCCCUGAUGUUUGCAGCCAAACAAGGAAUCAAGGGUCUAUGGACUGGCUUGUUUACCUGUGUAUCAGUUCAGUGCGCAUUCCUGAUUUUCUAUCUCCUCAGAAUGAACUGGAAGUCAGUAACAAUUGAGGCAAGGAUCCGAGCAGGGGUAAUUGAGAGCUCAGCAGAGACAAGUCCCCAACCAGAAGAUGCAGGAACCUCACUGAGCCCAACAGACACCAGAGAUCUGGUUGAUGCUGAAGAGGUCUCUGCAGUACAAACCCAGGAAGUCCAGCGCUCCUACAGGAGUCUGGUUCUUCGAAGAGGUCUCGCUCUGGCUGGCAUGCUGUUCAUCCUGGCUACUGGAAUCAUCAUAAACCUGCUUGUCACGAACUUGGUUACCUGACUAUGAAUGACGUCUAUCUUGUUCAGGGAGCAAAGGCUCUGCCGCAACUGCAAAGGAAGGUGUGGCUGUUGCACUGCAGGACACAGCCAGACAGGAGAAGGCACACACAUGAAGAUAAGCAGGAAGCAAAGAGAAAACAGGAGAAGCAAUAUAUGAUUAUUAAUGAUUUAAUCUCAGAAAGCGAGAGUAUUCUCUGGAAUGACAAAAAAAAAUCAUCCCUAAUCAUUAUCUUGAUCUUUACAGUCAAUGCUGACAAAGAGCUGAGUCAAACCAGCUUAUGUUAGCUUCGACUCACUUUGACUGUCCAUUAGGGAACAACAUGGUGGAGAAAAUUGGAUCAGGAGUGUAUGUUGCAUUGAUCCAGUCAGUAGCAGUAUGGUUGCCCUCUGCAGACUGAAUCUCUGGCAAAGGAACAAGGAAGUGCACAGCUGCUCCCACAGCUAAAAGAGCAACUGCAGCAAACAUGGCAAGGCCUCUUCUGAUGAUCAGCUGGGUGGUGGAAAGUUGUCUUUCUUUCAGCUGCUGGACAUCAUGGCCUCCUUGUCGAUCCGUGUUUCCAUCCUGGCCCUCUGUAUUGACAGAAAUGUAUCCGUCUGUUGCCUGUAAAAAAGUAUAACAUUUCCCAUUUUUUUUUUAUUCAAGUUUGAAAUAGUAGAAACAUUUUACAUUGUAAUAAAAGUACCAAUAGAAUAAUAAAAAUGUUUUAAUUGUAGAUGUUUGCUUACUUUGUCAUUGCUGGCUGUUUGAUCUGCAGUUUGCUCAGUUUCUGAGAAGCCAGAGGAGUUUAACAAAGUCAUGUGCACGGCUUUCUGAGCUCGUUUUACAGCCUAUGAGAAAAGAAUAUUAAAAAGUAUACCUGUAAGUUCUUGAACAAAACUGCAGGAGUCUUAAUUCACAAUAAAACAA